CAUGAAGGGGAUUGUGCGCCGGUGCUGUGACGAAUCGAAGCUGCUGUGGCGCGUCGCCUUCCCGGCGGUGCUCGUGGAGGUGCUCCAGUUCUCCAUCGGCUUCGUCACGGCGGGCUUCGUCGGCCACCUCGGGGUGGUCGAGCUCGCCGCCGUCACCGCCGUCGAGAGCAUCUUGGAGGGCUUCGCUUACGGUGUCCUGUUCGGCAUGGGGUGCGCGCUCGAUACGCUGUGCGGCCAGGCGGUGGGCGCCGGCCGGCUGGAGUCGCUCGGCGUCUACGUCCAGCAGUCGUGGAUCGUGUGCGGCGCCACCGCGCUGGCGCUCACGCCGGCGUACGCCUUCGCCGCGCCGAUCCUGCGCUCGCUCCUCCGGCAGCCGGCCGACGUCGCCGCCGCCGCCGGGCCCUACGCGCUGUGGGCGGCGCCGCGGCUGCUUGCGCACGCCGCCAACUUCCCGCUCCAGAAGUUCUUCCAGACACAGAGCAGGGUCUGGGCGCUCACCGCCAUCUCCGCCGCGGCGCUCGCCGUCCACGCCGCGCUCACCUACGUCGCCGUCGUGAGGCUCGGGUACGGCCUGCGCGGGGCGGCCGUCGCCGGGAACGUCUCCUACUGGCUGAUCGACGCCGCGCAGUUCGUCUACCUAGUCUCCGGCCGCUUCCCGGAGGCGUGGAAGGGGUUCACCACGGCGGCGUUCAGCAACCUCGCCGCGUUCGUCAAGCUGUCACUCGUGUCGGCCGUCAUGGUCUGCUUGGAGUUUUGGUACUACGCUGCAUUGCUCAUUCUUGUCGGUCUCCUUGAGAAUGCCCAAUUCCAGCUUGAUAUCAUGUCAAUUUGCAUCAACUACGAGUUCUGGACCAUGAUGGUUGCACUGGGUUUCAGCGAAGCAGUCAGUGUGAGGGUAUCAAAUGAGCUUGGUGCGAGAAGACAAAAGGAAGCAAAGUUCUCAGUGGCGGUGGCAUCCUUGACAUCCGCCAUGAUCGGCACCAUUUUCAUGUCCAUUUUCUUCAUUUGGAGAACAAGCUUGCCUAGGCUUUUCAGCAACGACGAGGAAGUGGUAGAGGGAGCUGCAAGAUUGGGAUAUCUUCUCGCUGUCACUGUCUUAUUUGGCAACAUCGGUCCUGUCCUUUCAGGUGUGGCAGUAGGAGCAGGUUGGCAAAUGCAGGUGGCAUUUGUGAACAUUGGUUGCUACUACUUGGUGGGCAUCCCAUUUGGGGUUCUGUUUGGCUUCAAGCUAAAGCUUGGUGCCCUGGGAAUAUGGAUGGGCAUGUUGGCAGGCACUUCACUCCAGAUGGCCAUAGUUCUUUUCAUUAUCAUGAGAACAAAGUGGGAGGCACAGGCAAUAUUGGCAGAAAAAAGAAUCAGUGAGCUAGGAGGACAACGAGCGACAAUUGACAGAACAUAAUUGUACAGAUGACCAUUGAACUCCUAAAUAUUUGGAGAUUGGAUUACAGACGUCCUAGAAAUUAAACUAAAGAAUUUACAUGUCCCAACAAGAUCAGGUGUAGGACUUUCUAUAUCUUUAUAAAAUUAGACUAAUAUGUUUCCUUAAUUUAUUGAUCAGAUAAUAAGAAUGGAAUUAAUUCUGAACUUUUUUGAAGAUUAUUUUUUAAACUUAUGAUCUGUCACAGUUGUGAAUUUUUGCAUGUAGUUAAAAUUAAAAAGGUUAAUAACUAGCAUUCAAUGUAAAAGGCAAGUACCUACUAUGGGUGAAAUUUUGGAUAAUAGUGCUACGUGCAUCAACACAUUUAUAACUGCCAGGCAUAUUACUCCCUCAAUUUAUUUACA